AUGGCGUCCAGCAUCAACCCGUUGACGGCGACAGCUUCCGAGUUGCAGGAUAGGCUCUGUAGAGACCACUUCAGCAGCAAGGACCUGGUCAAGCUGUAUAUGCAUCGGAUUUCCAAGUAUGACGGCUACUUGAAGUCUGUCAUUGCCACCGCGCCCGAGGAUCUCGUACUCGAGACGGCAUCCAGGCUCGACGAGGAGCGCACUCGGGGGAUCCUCCGCGGACCGCUGCACGGGAUCCCUAUUGUCAUCAAGGACAAUAUCGCCACCGUUCCCGAGUUAGGCCUACCCACUACAUGCGGUAGUCUGGCACUCGAAGGGUCCAGACCACGCAAGAAUGCCGCCAUCGUCGACAAGGUUUGGUCCCCUGUUUCCUGGGAAGAGGACUGCCGCUCACGAUGUUGUCCAGGAAUGGGCAUUCUACAGGUACUCAUCCAUGCUUCGUCACAGAGUCCCGGUGGCUCCUCCGGUGGAUCGGCUGUGGCUGUUUCCGCCGGCCUGUCUCCCUUAGCCAUCGGUACCGACACGAUGGGCUCGCUCAUCGCACCUAGCGAUCGGGCAGCCCUGUACACGAUCAGGCCCACGCUCAAGAUCGUGCCGCAGCAGGGCAUCAUACCCAUCACGCUCGAGUCCGAUUCGGCGGGGCCCAUGGCAAAGUCGGUUCUCGACUUGGCCCUCUUGCUAGACGCCCUCGUCGAUCCGACUGCGACAGAAGUUCCGGAGCAGGGAUACAAGGGCGCCGUCACGGGGAAGUGGGGUGAUAUCCGUAUCGGCGUCAUCGAGCCUAGUGACGAGUGGCUUUUCCAGCGCGACUUUGUCAAGUUUGAGCCUCAGGCAUCGGAGCAGAUGGGACUUCUAGAGGAGUACCUCGCCAGCGUGGAUGACUGCAAGGUGCGCACCCUCGAGGAACUCGUCCAAUUCAACAAAGACCAUGCAGAGAAAGAGCUGCCGCCAUGCGCCGACAACCAGGACACCUUGAUCCGCGCACUAAGCGCACACAUGCCCGACGACGAGUACCGCAGCAUCAUAUCGUCCGCACGAGAACGAUGUGGCAAGAACGGAAUAGACAAGGCUCUCGCAGAGAACGACGUCGACGUCAUCAUCGGUCCCGGCGAUGGCCCUAUGUUCUGCGUCCCAAGCACGGCAGGGUAUCCUGUGGCUUCGCUGCCGCUGGGAUAUUUGGACUUCAACGGCCGGCCGUUUGGGAUGCAGAUUACGGCAGGGGCACACCAGGAGGCACUCAUUAUACAGGCUCAGAGUGCGUGGGAGCAUACUUUUCCCUUUCGGCGACCGCCGCCUUUGGAUGAUAUUGUACCCGUCAAUUCUACAGUCUAA